AUGACUGAAGCUGAAGCUGACACACUUGUGAACAACCACCGAGCCCUCUACCAGCAAGCUCUCAAGCGCCGUGAGACGAUUGCGAGCAAUGUCGGCAAGACCAAGUGUGUUCACACCCUCUCUGGUGUGCCGGUUCCUCAGAAAAAAUCCCGCGCCGCUAAGUCCGGUAGGCAGAAAGGCAAGCAGGGGAGGAAGGCAGGAGCUACUACAGGCAUUCAAGCUGACUUACCUGCUCCCGCGUCUACCGAGGAGGAGCUUGUCACAGAGGAUCUCCCGGACCUCCCUCUGCCAGCAAGCGCGCUGGCUGAGGAUUUCUCGACGGAUAACCGCUCCGCCUUUGACAAGGAGCUGGACGAGGGGCUGGACGAGGAGCAGGACGAGGGGCUGGACGAGGAGCAGGACGAGGAGCAGGAAGAGGAUGACGAGGAGGAUUCCGAGGGCGAAGCUGGUGCCGAACAGCAGCAACAGCAGCUUGCUCAGCAGCAGCAACAGCUGGUUGUCGAACAAAACGAUGCCGUCCGCGGAACACGCUCGGAAGGUAUCAAUGCGUACUUGGUCAGACAGAAUCGCGGACUGCAGGCGCAGGUUGAAGAUCUUAAAGCAACUAUUGACAUCCUGCAGAUUUCGCAUGCCGAAGCGCAGCAGAAGCUUGCCGCCGCCGAAGCUGAGUGCGAAAUCCUGCGUUCCCGACUGGGUGAGCUUGAGGCGCAACAGGCGGGCGGGGUGACGGAGAUGUCUUUAGCCGACCCCGAGGUUAACCCGGCAAAUCUCACAAGGGACAAGGAGGGUAACGUGAUUUUGAAGACGAGUCUUGAAAAGAAGGAGUUUGCGGUAAAGGCUCUCGAGACGUUCACGUGGCUGAUAACAGACGCGCCAGUGGAGUGCAUGGAGUUCUUCCCAACAUGGGAAGUCUUCCAACCUCAGCUCAUCACGAAGUACCGACUGUGUGGAGUGAACCGCGACGAGUAUUUCUACGCGACUGGCAGCAUAAUCGAUUUCGAGAAGCUGGCGAUGAAGGUAAUCAAAACAAAACGCAGCAACACGCACAAGAAAAUUCGAUUCUAUGCAUGGGGUGCGGGUGGGCUGUUGGAUGAGAGCAAGUGGCCAUUGCUAGCGGUGGAGUUGAUCAUCCCGUCGAAGAAACGCUCGUACGCAAAGUGGCUGGAAGACUUCAGGCAUGCUGUACUUGGAUAUUCAUGGCAUGUCAAUGGCGAAGGUGUUCCCUUCGCCAACAUCGCUUUUGAGAAGGCAGCCCUUGCUGCGUUUUCCACUGUUACCUCCAAUCUGGUGCUGCUGAAGAUCCCUAUGCUAGCGUACCUGUGCGUCGUGGUAGAAGCCCCCCUGCAAAGCUUCAGGCCAGGGAGGGGACAGCCUUCCCUGGGUGGGGUAGGCUCGACCAACAGCAACUACGUCCGCGCCAAGACUAACGUGGUCGUGGCGGCGCUUCAUAAUGCGAUGCGGAACAACCCCACGAUCUUGCAGCGCGAUGAGCCCAAGGGGUUGGUGCUUGGUUCUGGGUCUGUGCGUAUUCUCAUUGAGGGGUGGGAGCGCGUGUUUCUGUAG